CAGGGUCAGACUGCUCGUAGCCAGUAAAAGGAAACAGGAACUUGUAUCGUGUAGCUGCUUGUUUUCAGUAACUCAUUCUUGAAAUCUGUUGUGGAUCUAGUUGAAGGGAUAAACGGAGAUUUUGAGGCUCUGACUCUCUGAGUUUGACAGGAGAUGGCACUGCUGAGCCGUGAGCGGGUUGGCAACAACGACUUGGAAGGGAAAUGGGAGUGCAUUGGCUGUGGGGGAUUUGGUAAAGUCUACAAAACCAAGUACAAGACUUUGGGAGUCGAUGUUGCCAUUAAGCUGGGUUGUCAUAGCACUGGCUCCAUCACUAUGGAAAACUCACUGUAUGAGGAGGCUAGGGUUAUGGAACAAGCAUCCUUUAAUUUUGUGCUGAGGGUUUAUGGAAUUUAUGAAGGAUGCCCACCUGGUACAGAAAUGGCAUGGCAAGAGGGAAUAGUCAUGGAGUUCAUGGAAAGAGGAUCUAUUCAUACUCUGUUGGUGAACUUGUCUGGCCCCCCACCCUGGCCACUGGCUUUCCGUUUGGCCCAUCAAGUGGCCCUAGGAAUGAACUUUCUCCAUUUAAAUGACCUUGUACACCAGGACCUAAAACCAAGCAAUGUACUGCUGGAUGAUGGCUUUAAUGCCAAGCUGGCAGACUUCGGACUGUCCAGAGUUUCCACCAGUGCUUUGAAAUGCGAUGAGGAAAAAACAGAGUUGAUUGGAGGCACAGACAAGUACAUGCCACCUGAGGCUUUUAAUCCACAUUAUAAACCUGUUCGUAGCUUUGACAUAUACAGCUAUGGGAUCCUUCUCUGGUCUAUCUUUAGUGGCAAAGAACCUUAUCCAGAGGCCAAUGCCAACGCACUUCUGAAAAUUAGGAUCCCCAAAGGAGACAGACCUCUUGUUGAAGAACUUGAGAAGAAACAGGUUGAUGGGUUAAAAGCAUUGGUGGAACUCAUGAUAAAGUGCUGGGAUGAGGAGUCAUCCAAGAGGCCUCUCUCAAGUGAGAUCAUUAGACACACUGAGAAAGUGUCGUUGAAGUACAAAGAAAGGAUUCCUAAUGCUAUCCAUGAAGUCUUGAAUAAGCUGGACCCACAAACCAGCAGUCAUGAUUCUCAGCCAAGUGAGGCAUCCAGUUUUACUUCAGUGACACCAGGACAAUCAAUGUCAGUUGAUGUCGUGGAUCACCUGGAAUUUGCAACAGAGACAUCUGUUAGUGUUGGUCCAAAGGUUCUGACUGAAAAAGAAAAAGCAAAGUUUGUUGAUGACAAAAUGUCAGUCAUAGUACAAGACGCUGCAGCCAUAAAGGCAAUAGCUGACGAGCUCAACAGCAAAGGCAUGGUUCACAAAGAAAGUUACUCAACAAUCCUCCGUAAAGAAAAGGACCAGGACAAAGUGAGAGAGAUCUAUGAUGGGCCAUUACGUUCAGGAGGGGAUGAGGUCAAAGCAGCCUUCUAUGAUGCUCUUAAAAAUCAUGAACCCAUGCUGAUGAAGAGGCUUGAGGGCUAACUCCACAGCAGUUGUGGUCUUCUUGGAAACAUAAAACGAAAAACUCCCUUAUCAAUUACAAGAGGAAAUAAUAUCUAUCUAUGAAUCUAUAUGUUUUUUAUUUCUGUAUUGAUUAUGUGACCACCCAGAGGAG